CAACUUUCUCCACAAAAUGAAAAAAGAAGAGGGGACUGCGAAAAUUUAAUAAUUACGUAUAAAUUAUCAAUUUUAAACCUGCUCCGGCCUCGACCAACACGACCACAGUUGUUUCCGCUUCCAUCUACUAAUGUUAUACUACCUGUCACUAUGUUAAAAGCGAUUUAAAACAAAAUAUCCAACUCACUGAAUUUAAAUGAGCUAAGAAGCUCAAUCGAAUUCGAAUCCAAAGUUCGAUGAAAUCAGCGUUUUUCAUUGUGAAAAUCAAUCGCGCAGCAACCUAAGCAAUUUAUUUAUAUUUUUUACCAUUUUUGUUAUUAUAUCAGAUUUCUUGAGAUAAGCAUUUUAUAUUUGGUUCGAAUCGAAGAAGAAGAAUUAAAAAUUGCAAUGAGCGUAAUUGAAGAUAGCAAUACUCAAGAAUCCGAAGGCGAGCGUAGUGGUAGCCAUAGGCACAGACGACAUCGUCGUUCACACCGCGAGCGCACUAGUAACCGAGAACACAAGAGCCACAGGGAACGUGCAUCAGAGACUGAUCAAAGUACAAGUAGAAAGAGACAUCGUCGUAGCAAGAAAAGUUCAAAAAUGGGUUCAGUUUGGGCAAACAUCUUGGGGACGUUCUUAGUUUUUGUGCACAUUGUACUCGACGCCCUUCUCGAAUUUGGCCUUGGGUGGUAUUUAGGUGAUAAGAAACGUUGUCCAGCUAUCAGUUCAGACGACCAAAAACUCUGCUCCAAGAGUGCAGUGGAAUUGGCAAAACUGAUAAGAGAACGAAAACUCAAGGCUCACGAUGUGGUCAAAGCUUAUAUUAAUCGCAUGAAAGAAGUGAAUAAAGUAUUGAAUGCCGUCGCCGAUGGUCCCUUUAUGGAAGCACUCGACGAAGCUAAGGAAAUUGAUGAAAAAAUUGCCAGUGGCCUAUUGACCGAAAGCGAUUUCUCAAAGAAGCCAUUCCUUGGAGUUCCCUUUACCACAAAAGACAGCACCUCUGUCAAAGGCAAACUCCACACCCUUGGAUUGAUAUCUCGAAAAAAUGAAAAAUCUGUUGCCGACGCUGAGUGUGUGAGGCUGAUGAAGGAAGCAGGUGCAAUUAUCAUUGCUACAUCCAAUGUUCCUGAAGUCAAUAAGUGGACUGAAAGCCGUAGUUCUCUCUUUGGACAGACUAACAACCCAUAUGACACCAGGAGAAGUGCCGGUGGUUCGUCGGGCGGUGAAGCUUCUUUGAUUGCAGCUUGUGCUACUGGCUUUGGAUUAGGAACCGAUAUUGGUGGAUCUAUUCGAAUUCCGGCAUUCAAUUGUGGUGUUUUUGGUCAUAAACCAACUGUGGGAACAGUCAAUAUAAAAGGAUGUACAUUCAGAACUGGAAAGGAAAAGGAAACGAUGGUCGUUGCAGGUCCUAUGUCUCGACAUGCUGCCGAUUUAAUGCCUCUAUUUAAGGUUCUUGCAGAACCAGAAAUGUCUUCUGAGUUGAAACUAAGCGAAGAAGUUGAUGUUACAAAAUUGCGAUACUUUUACAUUCCCAGUAACGAUAUGCCUGCGUGCAAUCCAGUGAAUCGUGAAACCCAGUCAAUGAUGUUCAAGGUAACACGCUACUUUUCUGACCUUACCGGUGAAGAAGUGAAGCAGGCAUCAUUGCCAGGAACUGAAAUUACUGGAAAACUAUGGCGCUAUUGGAUGACUCGGGAACCAGCUGAUUUUAACAAACUACUGGGCAAUGGAGCUUCUUUAAAUCCAUUCGUAGAGCUUUUCAAGAAAAUCAUGGGAAGAAGUGAGUUCACAAUGGCUUCGAUAUAUUCACUCAUCGAUGGAUUGCUUCCCGCUGAAAAGGGUCCUUUGAUGGAAGAAGCAACAACAAAAUGCAGUGAAGCAUUAGCUGAACUUCUUGGUGAUGAUGGUGUUUUAUUCUUCCAUAGUUCGCCCCGAACUGCACCAUUCCAUUAUUAUCCACUUAUUAAGAUUAUGGACUUUAGUUAUUUUAGUAUUUUCAAUGUCUUACGUGUUCCAGCUACACAGGUUCCCAUGGGAUUGGACUCGAAGGGUAUGCCACUUGGCAUACAAGUUGUGGCUGCUAAAAAUUGUGAUAGACUUUGUCUGGCUGUAGCUGAAGAACUCGAAAAGGAAUUUGGUGGAUGGGUUGCUCCUUUUGAAAAUAGGAAUUAAUCAAAUUUAAUAUUUAAGCUUUAAGUUGUAAAUUGGUGAGAGGAAUGUUAAAAAAAGGAAGAAAUUAAUUGUAUGUUAAGUUUUUAUGAAAUUAUAUUAAAUUUAGUAUUAACAUAAAUUCUUAUAAAUUUUAAUAAAAAAAAGUCACGGGUUCUGUUGAUAAAGUUCA